AUGACUCUUUGCAUUCGUAACCAGCGGACUGUAGAGACUGGAAAAGAAAUAUUAACCGAGCUGCUAUGGGAUGCCUACGGUUUUCCUCCUGUUCCUCUUUUAUCCCUCUCCUCCAGAUCUCUCAGACGACGCAAGGCACGACGCAAGGCGCAACGCAGAGGGCACCUAAUACUUCAAGUACCAUUGUACCAGCAACACCUCCAACAGUUGGCUGAAAUGUUUUACAAGAAGAUAUCCGAAAGUUUCUGGGAAUUCCAGAUCUAUCGAGAUCAUGCGAGGCAAAGGACAAAGACUGGAAAGAUGAGAUUAAAGUUCUUUUUGGCGAGUUUAAACCAUAAGAAAUUUCAACGGCUAGCAAACUCUUGGAAGAACAGAACCUUGAACAGACUUAGGAUUUUCAUUGACCAAACGGCCGAAGCAGACAAGAGAUCUCGCAAACUGGACAAACCGUCUACUUGCCAAUCGUGGUUCGAGCAGAGGUAUUCGGUGGAUAACUUUGUGAACAUAUUCGACUUCUGUAACAAGUAUAUCAACAUCAACCGAUCCUCCAACCUCAUGGCGCCAGUGAUUUGGAUAGACCUGGGUACCUGCCUCAAGAUGGAGUGGAAUCUCUCUAAUAAGAUCGAGAACCAUGAAAUGAAGGGUAUACCAUACGGGACCGGCUUUACUCAUGCGAGAAUGGCGCCUGCUACUGAAUAUGUGACUCGCACCGACGCGCUUUGCCGCGCUUUUCAACAAACCUGCAAGAAUGGCGUCGCAGAUGCUACCAAGGGCCUCAAGCUCCACGAGUUCAUGGGAGCUCUGAUGUGCUGCCCUGGUUAUACCGAAGCAAAGCUCCCCAGAGCUUGGACAACUUUCGCAAACGCCCAUCCAGAUUUGGCAAACUUCCUCCGAGUAA